AACAUGUUACCAGACUUUUCUGAUAAAAAAUUAAUUUAUACAUCUUGUUAUUGUGAAGAAAAUAUUUACCAUUUAUGUAAAGAAUUAGAUGAUAUAAAAAAUAAAAUUGAUAUUUACGUUUGUUUUAUAUCAAAUGAAAAUCUUACGGUCCCAUUAUGGAAACAACGUGCAUCUAAAUAUUCAGAUGGAAUGAUAAUUUGGGAUUAUCAUGUGAUUUUGAUAGUUAAAGAAAAAGAUUCGGAACAAAAGAUAAAUGUUUAUGAUCUUGACACAACACUUCCAUUCCCAUGUGAUUUUUCAACUUAUACGCAAGAAUCAUUUAAAGUACUCAAUAUUCCACAAUAUUAUAGAAAAUUUCGGAUAAUUCCUGCUGAAACUUUCCUAAGAGUUUUUGCAUCAGAUAGAAGUCAUAUGAUUAAAGAGGAUGGAACUUGGAGUUCUCCUCCACCUACUUAUCCACCUAUAUUCACUUCAGAUUCUGUUAAUAAUUUACAAACAUUUAUAAAUAUGAUAGAGAACUUGGAUUCAAAUGAUUUCGUUUGUCUAGUUUGACCUUGACCCCUUUUAGAUGUGGUAUUGUAGAUCAAUUAUGGAGAUUUUCAUAAGAUUUUUUUCUUUCCUCGGACAUUUGGGCGAUAAUUUUCACAUGUAUUUGAGGGGCUUGAUCAUAAGAUCAAAAUUUGGGUGAAACAUGAUAAAUAG